AAAGGGCAAGGCUCUCACGAGAGGAGGAAACCGGUAAAAGUUUGUCCACUGAUCGUCUCGCGCUCUGUUUCACCAUGCAGGUGUCUUUGGCGCUCGUGCAGUGUGGCGCGCGGCUGCUGCUGUUGCUGCUGCUGCAGGGAUGUUUCACAGCUGCGCACGGAUGGAGGGCUUUUAAAAAUGAUGCUACAGAAAUUAUACCAGAAUAUACAGAGGACACACAGCGACCCGAGGAGCGGAUACUGUCCGACAAUAGCACACUGAACCGGGCAAAAAACGGAGGAAGGAGGUCAUCGGCCAACUCACAUACUUAUGGAGCCUCUGAACUAAGCUGCAGGGAGUUGCGUUCUACGCGCUACAUUACCGACGGAUCUUGUCGGAGCGUCAAGCCGGUGAAGGAACUGGUAUGCUCCGGUCAAUGCCUUCCAUCCCAUCUGAUGCCAAAUUCAAUUCUAAGGGGAAAAUGGUGGAGAAGCAAUUCAUCCGACUACCGUUGCAUACCCGCUCACUCCCGCACCCAGCGGAUACAGCUCCAGUGUCCGAACGGACCGAACAGGACGUACAAAAUCCGAGUAGUCACCUCUUGCAAGUGCAAACGCUACACUCGCCAUCACAACCAAUCGGACCCCAAAGAGUCGACUUCCCAGAAGCCUCGGCGCAACAAGAAGCACACGCGCCUUCAGCAGGGACGUGGCCGGAGCAAAACACCUGAUAUUAACAGCAAUUCGUACUAAGGAGAACGUCCUUACUGUGUGUGAACUGAAAAACUCUCUCUUGCUCACAUACACACUCACACACACAUACGAACACACCUAUAUACAUGCGUACUUCCGAGACGGCAAUCCUCAACAGCAAGGGGAGGAGAAGAAAAAGGACUAAAUGAAUUCCCAUUCCCAAUGUAUUUCAGAUGUCUCACUGUUUGUAUGUGCUUUUGAGGCUAAAUAGUCCCAGUAAGAGAGAUGUUUGAUUACAGAACACUAGAGGACUAAUGGACUUUUGAGUGCUGUUGUGACAGAUUAGUUCAGGGAAUGUGAUAGCCGAUCACUUCAUGAAAUUUUUGAGGAAGGAUUAUUUCCUUAGGAACAACUCCCCAAACUCAUGCCUAAGCAGUUCAUUCCUAGUUUGAAGGUCAUUGAAAGUUUAAGCUAACCAAGGUCAAACUCUUGACUGAUCCAAACAUGUCUCUGAUUUGAAUGUUUAAAUACAAUAUCUUGCAUCCUCUUUUGGGAUACGGUGCAGCGUAUGAUUUGACCGUCCGAUGUGGUUGAGCCCUAGAGACAAGCUGCUGUUGACAGAUUGCGGAGGCCCAGAAUUCUUAACCUUGCUCAUUUAACCAACCCAUGAGUCCUCUUGACAGGUUGGGAGGCUGAGCCAGUCAUUAUGUAAGUUUCAUUUCCACAAGAAACUUAUCUGAACCUGCAGUACAGCCGUGUUACGGAGAGUUUGAAAAGUUGUCCCCAGAGGUCAAGAACCGCAAUCGGUAUUUCUGUGACUUGUCCUAAUUGCCAAAUAGUUCCAUUCCUGUGUUUAGGAUUUGAGUCAUAAAAAGCCAUUUCCUCUAGACAUGGUCAGUUCCUGUUUGUUAGAAGACCCGAAAAAGAGGCCCACAUGUGCGAGAAUCAGUUGCCUUGCGGGCAUAGAACUUUGCAUCGCCAUUCUUCAUGGAAACCAUUUGGAGAUAUUCAGCCAUCUGCAAUCACUAGCAGAUAUCUAAAUUGUUACCUACAUCCAUUACUAAACUUCUCAGUGAACAUCAUCAAUCCUGUGUCCUCAUCUGCUUUUUGACAGGAACGAUGAGACAAAUGAGAACAUUGAGGUUACUUGGCUGGAUGUUGAUAUUGCGCCGGAUAAAGAAAUAAGAGAAUGCCAAAUUGGACAGUUUUGUCUACAAACACGGCCAUUCCACAAUCCUGGCCCCGGUCCAUUUUGUUGAUUUGUGCAAAUCGUUCAACUAAAGAAAUUUCUGCUCAUGACUUCCUCGCCUCUGUUUUCUAAACAGUGCUGACAGGGUUUGCUUAUUUUUCAAUAGUGUAUUUGGAAUAGCAACUGGAAGGGAUUUUUCUAAUGUAAACACAGUUGGCCAUAAAUAGCAAUGUACAUACUGUACCUGUGUGGUCUUUUUUAGCGGUAUCCUCGAAAUGAAGGAGUGCUCGACAAAUAGAUCCACACCCAAAAGACUGUUACAAAGAAUGAACUGCAUAUAUUUAUUUUUUGAAUUUCACUUUUUAAGUUAUUUAUGCAAACUUUUUGUAGAAAAUAAUAGGCAUUAUUGUACUAUAUGUAAUUAUAGUGAAUUUCAUAAACAAAAAAAGGAUAACAUGAAUAAAGUUAAGCAAUGUAUAUGUGAAAAGAA